AUGGCCACAAAUUCACCCACGGGGCCAGAUGUGCCAGUCGUAUCAAACCAGAGGCAAACAGCAGCGGUGCCAUCGCGCAACCCCUUGCCGCUAUCAGCAUCGCAGGAGGCCCAGGUCAGGGAGGUUUACUACAAAAGGGUACGAGCUCUUUGCGCGCCCGAGAUAAAAGUCUGGAUCCGUCUCUUGAACAAAACAGCGUUUGCAGACUGCGCCAUUGGCCGCACGUUUUCGAUCCCCUUUGCAUGUCGGGCGCAGCACCGGGCUAUGAACAACUGCAUGAAGAUGCAGGCGACGGAGGAGAACCACGACCUGGCGCGUGAAGAGUGGUUCGCGAGCAGGAUGGAGCGGCAAAAAGAAAAGGAGGCCAAGGCCAGGAGGAAGCUGGAGCAGGAGCGGUUUCACCGCGAGUGGUGGGGUCUGCCGGAUAGGGACGCCGAGGAGCUCAGGGCCGAGGAGGAGAAGCUCAAGAGGGCCGAGAGGGUCGGGGGUAUGGCAGCGAGGGAUCGGGCGAGGAUACCUGUCAAGAAGGAUGAGGACAGGUGA